GUGCGAGUGCAUGGCGGUGACGCAGAGAGCUGGGAGGGAGGGGGAGAGACCCGGAAACAGGAAGUGAGAGGCGCAGUAGCCACGGGGAGCCAUCUUACUGUCUCCCGGGAAGAUGACCGGGAAGUCGGUGCGGGACGUGGAGCGGUACCAGGCUGUGCUGUCUGAGCUGCUGCUGCGGGAGGAAAACAAAUUCUGUGCCGACUGCCAAGCAAAAGGACCAAGAUGGGCCUCUUGGAAUAUUGGCGUAUUUGUCUGCAUCCGCUGUGCCGGUGUCCACAGGAACCUUGGAGUCCACAUAUCCCGAGUCAAAUCUGUAAAUUUGGACCAGUGGACACAGGAACAAAUACAAUGCAUGGAAGAGAUGGGAAAUGGGAAAGCAAAAAGACUGUAUGAAGCUUUUUUGCCAGAGAGCUUUAUCCGGCCACAGACAGACCAAGCGGUAGAAAUAUUUAUUAGAGAGAAAUAUGAAAAGAAGAAAUACAUGGAUCGCAGUGUGGAUCUUACCGCAUUUAGAAAAGAGCGAGAGCACAAGUGGAAAAAGUCAGAGUCUGCUCCUGACAUGAAGUCUGAGCCUAUUGUCUUUGAGAAGGUUAAAUUGCAGCAUAGGAAGGAUGAGCCUCAACCUCCUAAGUGCUCUCCCAAAAAGACAGUGGAGCCAGUCAUGGACCUCCUAGGUCUCGACACUCCAGUAGCCACUUCUGUUCCCAAUGGGAAGUCCAACACCAGCUUGGAGAAGGAAUUAGACCUGUUUGGUUCCACAUCUUUGUCUGGUUCCAAAUCCAGCCAGACUGUCAGCACCAUGCCAGUGACUGGUUCUGGAUCCGUCCCAGAGAAUCUCAACCUGUUCCCAGAGUCUGGAGGGAAAACAGAAGAAGGCACAAAGAAGCAACUUUCCAAGGACUCAAUCCUAUCUCUGUAUGGUCCUCAGACCCCUCAGAUUCCAGCUCAAGGAGCCCUCUUCAUGGCACCAGCACAAAUGGCAUACCCGAAUGCCUAUACUGGCUUUCCAGCAGCAGUUCCCACUCCUGGUAUGGGUGGUAUGAUGGCAUCACCAAUGGGGAUCAUAACCCAGCCAACCCACACAGGAAUGGUAGCACCCAUGGCUGUUCCAGCUGGGUAUGUAGGUGGAAUGCAGGCAGCAGUCAUGGGUGUCCCAAAUGGAAUGAUGGCGCAGCAUGCAGGUUAUGUAACUGGCAUGGGUGCUGUGGCCCAACCAAUGUAUGGGAUGCAGCCAGGACAGCAGCUACAGUGGAAUGUUGCUCAGGUUUCCCAACAGAUGGCAGGGAUGACCUUUUUUGGUGUGGGAGGCAUGGCAGGAUAUGGACAGCCUACUGCCAACCAGGCGCCUAACCAGAGCCUCAGCUCACCGAUGUGGAAAUGAAAUAGGCAUUCUCUGCUCACUCUGAACUUACUCCACUCCUUUCUCCCAGCUCAGCUGGUCCCUCACUGGUGGUACACAAGCAUCAUAUUCAUUUACCUGAGAGUCCUCCUAAGAGCUAUCCACUAAUACUCCCUAUCAGCCUGAAUCUAGUCUGACAGACAUAACAAAUUGUCCCUGAUUAUACAAUUGCCAGUACCCUGAAGUAUAAGGCAAUGCUGAAUUCUUCUGCAAAUUUCUACAAGCAUUUCCCAAAGUUGAGCCAUGCAUUAUGUAGUGCUGUCUGAAAAUCCAUAAAAAGGGCGCAAUGCAUUCAAAUAUCAAUAAGCUGGUGAUGUGCACCAGUGAUACAGAUACCAGCUGAAUGCAGUGUGCAGUGUUAGAGAGACAUUUAUUACAAUUCUGCACCAGCAAGCUCUGUAGAUCUGCAGGCAAGUCUAAAUGUGACAACUGGAAGUGGAUGUCACCCACCUCUGUUCUCCUUGUGGAUUGAAGUCUAGAAAUGCAGGGCUGCAUGCAUAUAUUGGUUACGUCAUACCACAAAGUGUUCAGUGUCUGUUUUACGUUCUAGGCCUCCUUUUAUUUUUAUUUUUUAUUACUUUGUCGAUCUUUGUAUGAAAGUGGAGUAAUACCUCACCACAUAUUAAUUCAGUGUAAGAUUGUUCAGUCAUUUUAGUAAAAUGAAUUACAGGUUUUGUUUUCAGUGAUUUGUUUUGUGUUUCCUCCACACUCCAACAUGAUUCCUUAUUCUAAAGCAUCAGGGGUUGUAUAAUGACAGUUACAUCUAAUAGUAACACACUACUCCAUUUUGGAGUAGAUCAUUUGCAUUUAAGCAAACCUCUUUUUGGAGUAUUUUAUUUUGACUUUUUUUUUUUUAAACAUGGUGUUAACUUUAAAAAAAUAUUUAAAGCCAUACCAGCUUUGCUUAAUUUAUAUGCAAUCCAGAGUUUAUGUAAUGUAAUAUAAAGGGCAUUUUCUGCUUACUCCACUUUCAUAAAUCCCCCCCCCCAUAUUUUUACAUUCAGAUUUUAAUUAUUCUGCUGCUGAAUGCAAUGGAAGGAGUGGUGUAUUUGUUUUAGCGGGUAACUUUUAUCUCUGUUAUGUAUUGUGCAAUGUACUUUGAAGAGAGCUCUAACUUGUGGCAGGGAAAGGUUUAGGCUAAAGGAUUUAUAUAAUAUAGAAUAAAUAGUAUAUACUUCUAAAAUAACAUUUGUUGGUGCAUGGGGGCCAUAUCUAAUUUUAUUAAAUGUAAUAAAAAUGAUGGGAUGAAAGUGGUCAUGCAAAUUAUAUUCUCCCUGUUUACCUUAUCAUUGACAUAUUUGGGUGAUGCCUUAUUUCAGAUGAAAGUAUGUCUUUUCUUUCUUUUUCAAUAUGACUGUAAUGUGCUAAUGUGAUUUGGUGCUGUUCAUACCCUUUUGUGUGUGACGUUUGCCCACCGUAGCAGAACCUAGCUAUCAUGGCACUCUACAUAGACAUCUUUUAAAUGUCCUAUGUAAAAUUGGGUUGGCAAGUUCUCAAGGGUGGCUCACUAUGGGUUUUUUUUCUAGUGAAUAAAAUUGCCUGCCUCAACACUCCUAUUUUAUUACAUAAUGUGAUGGAUGGUUGUGUGCAGUUAGAAUGAGUGUUUGGGCCGCAGAGCUUGUACACAGUCUUAUCUGGAUCUUGGACAAGCAUUCUGCAGACAAAACUGUCUUCUCAGAUUCUCUUAUCCAAUGUGUUGAAUCCUGAUCUUUUCUGUAGUAGACAGAAACAUAGAUUCCAAAAUAUCCACUUUACAUAUGGUCAUGCAUAAGCCUCUUAUGCACCAAACUGAAAUGUUUGCAGUGCUAUUUACUAAUAAUGAACUGUUUUGCAAAUACAUGUUUGGAACAUUCAGAUCUAUAUGAUUUUUAGUGAUGUUGCCCCUUUGAAGAUUCACAGCCGUUUUAGGAUCAGUGGUGUUAAUUGCAAUGCUUAAGUCAUUCUCGUGUAGUCACAUUUGCAUGAUAGAUGACCAAUUAUUUUGCUAGUUCAGCUGCAUUAUUUGCAUUUUUGUUUUAUGGUCCCUACUUUAGUAGUAUUCUGAAGCUAAAAGCAAUGGUGUGGCAGUGUAAAAGCAUAGAGCUUCCCUGAGACUGUGCAGCGGCAUUUCUAUUCUAGUGCUGGUAGGAUAGCCCCUGUAGCACACUGGCAUUUUAUUCCAUACUCAUAGAUGGUCUGAUGUCACAUUGAGUAGAGGCCGGUUUUCCUCUGCAUUCCAUGCAAAUCACUGCACUUAUGGCUGCCUUUACACUUGUCAGCAAGACCACGUUGGGACUGAAGCUGUAUUUAUGUGUGAACUUGAUUUCUUUUGGUUUUAGUUUUUAAGGAUCUUUUCACUUAGUAUAUAGAAAAGAUCCACACAACAAACAUAAUCAUGUUACAUCUGGAUAAACAGCAUUUCAUGUGGGACCUUUUUACUUGAUCAAAGUGUCCCUUACAUCCAACUGCCUCUGUCAUUACUUUGUAGCCUCUUUCCCAACCAUAUGAUUGCACACAGGAAUACAAGUUUUUUUAUUUAUUUUCUUAAAAACAGACCAGAAGAAUUGUAGGACAGAAACCUUAGAAUACAUGCCAUGUUGCUGUUGGCAUGGCAGUUUCCGGAAAAGCAGGGUUUUUAGCAUGCAGGGCAUCUAGGUGAUUAAUGUUCUCGUAGUAUUUGUAUUGUUAGCUAAUCAGCUGAACCAAAUUCCUUCAAACAAAAGGACUUCAUGUACCGUAUGUGCUGGGAAAUAAUUACAUAUUCUGAAUGUGAAAUAUUUGCACUUUCUGUAGCUUUAACAUGUGUUUUGUGUCUGUUUUUUAUAACUUUAAUAUUGUUAAGCUAACCUGUGUUGUGUUUUUGGGUUUUUUUUGGGGGAAAUUUUUAUUUAACCUUUUCAAUAUUAACGAGCAUUUAAGUUAUAAACACAUCUAAUGCAGAUAAUCUUACAGAUCUAUAAAUAUAUAUUUUUUGUUCUGUUAAUCUCUUGAAUUAUUUUCUUAAUGUCAGUUUUUUUUUUCUAACAAUUUAUUGUAAAAAAGAUGGUUUCUUGUGUAUUUGAUUUUUGUUCACUUAAAAUGUGAAAAUCAUUUACAGAGGCAGCUACACAUCUGUGUAUAUGUACAUUCCGAAAUAAAGAUGGUCAUUAAACAUUG